AUGUUGAAUUGGAGAGAAGAUGACAAUCUGCAUCCAAACAAAUCAACUGGAGCUUACGGAAACCCUCAACCAUCUGCAUUUUCUACCGAUAUGGUGUUUAAUUCUCGUCAAGAUCUAAUUGAUUGGGUACGCAAUGUGGCAUUUUCACUUGGUUUUGUUAUUGUUAUCAAAAGAAGCAAAAGUGACUCAUGUAGGGACCCAUGUAAAGUUGUAUUGCAAUGUGAUUGUGGCGGUAUACACAAAGGUAACAAAACCUCCAGUAAACAUAUUGGGACAAGAAAAACAAAUUGUCCAUUUUGCUUGGUAGGAAAGCAUUUGGGUAAUGAUUGUUGGACGUUAACUGCAAAAUGUGAAGCACAUAAYCAUGACUUUGCAUUACAUCUGGAGGGUCAUGCAUAUGCAAGACGAGUAUCUGAAACUCAAGCUCGAUUGGUGGAAGAUUUGUCGGCCAACAAUGUGAAACCUAGAGAUAUUUUAUCAACAAUCAAACAACAGUAUCCAGAUAAUGUGUUUAUAAAAAAGACGAUAUACAAUCAAUGCCAGAAACUUCGACUUAAGAAGAAUGCAGGUAGAACUCCAAUGCAAGUUGUGAUGUUAUUUUUACAGGAUGAAGGCUACGUAUAUUAUCGGGCAAAUGACUCGACCAAUAAAUUGGAAGAUCUAUUCUUUGCUCAUCAUAGAUCAUUGAAGAUAUGGCAUGCAUUUCCACACGUGUUGUUGAUGGAUGCCACCUAUAAAACGAACAUGUUUAAGAUGCCUCUCCUUGAAAUUGUUGGUGUAACUUCAACUAAUAAGACAUUUUGCGUAGCAUUUGUCUUUAUGUACAAGGAAAAGAUAUCCAAUUAUACUUGGGCAUUAAAUUGUCUACAAUGGUUAAUGGAAUGA